CUCUCUUCUCUCCCCAAUCCCUCCAACACCUCUGGAAAAGUCCACUCUACCUAUCCGCAGACACAGACCCGCAAAAGAAAAAUCCGCCAUGGCCACCACCACGGAAUACCCCUACAUCCCCAGCGCGGAGAUCGACCGCACCUUCGCGCACACGACCAACCUGGCCUCGUCGGCCCUGAACACGCGCAUUCUAGCCUGCAGCAACGAAUACUUCGCCGCCGCGUCCAACCUGCUCACGCCGACGGCGCCGAUCAACCGCCCGGGAGUCUUCAUCCACACGGGCGCCUGGUACGACGGGUGGGAGACGCGGCGCCACAACCCGGCGCCCUACGACUGGGUGGUGAUCAAGCUGGGGCCGCGGCGCGCCGCCAUCCAGGGCGUGGAGGUCGACACGGGCUUCUUCGUGGGCAACUACGGCGAGAAGGCCGAGGUGCAGGCCACCUGCUCCGACGCCGACGACGCCACCCUCGCCGACCCCAACUACGCCGGCUGGUCCACCAUCCUCCCGCCCCAGCCCUGCGGGCCCGCGCAGCGCCGCGCCUGGAUGCUCCCCGGCUACGACCCCAGAAACCCCACCCCCUACACCCAUGUGCGCUUGCUCAUGUACCCCGACGGCGGGUUCGGGCGGUUGAGGCUGUACGGUCAUGCGAUCCCCGCGGCGGCGCGCGGGGAGGGGGUGGCUGCUCAGGCAGAAGAGGAAGAGGAGGAGCUGUCGUCGGCGCUGUGCGGCGGGCUGGCGCUGGCGGCCUCGGAUCAGCAUUAUACCCCGUGCUCGAAUCUGUUGCUGCCCGGCCGCGGGAAGGAUAUGGGCGAUGGGUGGGAGACGGCGCGGUCGCGCGCCCCGGGCCAUGUCGACUGGGCGAUCGUGCAGUUGGGCUUGCCGGGCUCCGUGUCUAGGGUCGUCGUCGAUACCAAGGACUUCCGCGGCAAUUUCCCCCGCGCGGUAAGGGUGCACGGCUUGGUGAAGGGGGAGGUUGGCGAGGCAGGCCCCGUCGCCGUGCCCGCCCAUGAUCAUCCCGGCUGGGUGGAGAUCGUCAAGGGCGACCAGCGCUGUCAGGCGGAUACCGAGCAUGUCUUCCAGGGGGCGGAUCUGGCCGCGGGCGUCGAUGCCCAGGCCUUCACCCAUGUGAAGCUGACGCUCGUGCCGGACGGGGGCGUCAAGCGCUUCCGGGUCUUUGGCAGACGGGCCUAGGCUCUUGCGGCUUGUGAAGAGCGUGCUUUCUGUUU